GAAUAAAUAAUGAAAAUUUCAAAAAUGUGUAUGCAUCGUCGAUAAAAGUCGAUAAAGAAGUUUAAGAAAAGAGCAGAAUACAUGCUAUGCAGUAUUUGUUCUGCUACAUCAUAACAACAAUGUAUGAAAGUGUUUAACACUCAAUGAGUUUUGUAAAUGUGUAUGAUUAGAGAUAACUCCGCUCGCAAUAAAUGGUUUUAUAGUUUGGAUCAUUUGAUUAAUAAUACUUCACCACUUGAAGGAUCAAUCAUUUACAUAAAAACAUGAGUGAUCUUGACAUUCCGAUGAUUGAAGCAUCAGUUGAUUACACAAAGGUUCCACCAAUCAAUGAAAAGAGAACGAUAGCUUUUAUAAAUCAUUUUAUAUCAUAUGUUGUGACAUAUUUAAAUAAAUUUAGUCUGAGCUGCGAAGAAAAAUUAUUUGAAUUUGAAAAUAAGUUGCAAAGAGUUGAAGCUUCAUUGAUUCUGCUAGAAACAAAGCUUUCGACAAUUCAACCUGAAAAUGAAAUUAAACAAGAAAAAAAUGUAGCUUCUGUUGAUGUCACAUCUGAAGCUCCGACACAAACACAAGAACAGAAUACAGACUCAAAAGAUGAAAGUAUUAAAGAGGAUUCCAAAAUUGAUGAAUCUUCGACCCAGAAAACAAAAUUAGACCCAGUAUAUGCAAAAUACUUCAAGAUGGUACAGGUUGGUGUACCAAAACCAGCAGUUAAACUCAAAAUGGAACAAGAAGGAUUGGAUUCAUCAGUACUAGACUAAAUUAAAACUUUGUUAUUCUGAACAAUAAUCGAAUGAUUUGUUACAUAUUUUUCAUUAAUCUUUUAUAACUAUUUUUGUAUUUAGUGUGAGAGAAAUUAUAA